CAGUUCUCAGUGCGCCAGCGUGCCGUAUGGAGCGGUCGCACGCGCGUUAACGUGCGGAGCAGUCCACGCGUGGACGGCCAGCUGUCAAAUACUCUGUGCGUGUCGCUCCGACGAUUCCGAUGAAUCCCGUUUAAGUGAAUCAUUGUUAUCUAUUCCGGGGUCAAGUGACCUGUGAUCGUGCUACUGUAUUCCUGAUUUCCGCAGACCGUGUCUUUGUCACGCGAUCCGCGCGUAAUUCCCGUGCACGUAGUUUCCAAAAGAUGUGCGUCGUCUUUGACAUCACGAAACCGGCAUUGAACGGUUUUUACCGAGAAGACAUCCGGCGCGCGUAUGUGAUUUACUCGUAGAGAGAACGCGUCGCGAAAGGAUACACUCUGUUCUCACUCCCGAAGACUGACGCACGAGGAGCAGCGCGAUGACGGAACUGGCUAAGGAGGCGUUCACCUCCCGUAACUACCACCUGGCGGUCGAGCUGUACGAGCGAUGUCUGAAACAACAAGGAUCGAGCUACGAGGUGCUGCUUGGUUACGGUGACUCCUUGCUCAAGUGCGGUCGUGUCAAGGAGUCCAUUGAGAUCUACUCCAGAUGCUCAACGGCGAUGUCCGUGCCGGCCGACAGACUGAAACACCUGGCAACCGCGCUCCUGGAGGACAUGAUCGGUAUUGGAACGAACCCCAGACGGAGGAUCGAGACAUCCUUCGCGUGUCCUUUGUGUGAAGGCGCUCUCUAUCAGCCAAUGACCGCCGGCUGUGGUCACACGUACUGCAGAAACUGCGUGGAUCCGUCAAAGAACUGUCACGUAUGUGGAGUUAAAAUCGCUAUUGUGAGUGAAACAAAUGUGCUAGUGCAAAGACUCGUGGAGAAAUGGUGGCCACGAGAAGUGGAGGCCAGUCGGGCGAGGCACGAGGGUGAUAUUCUCAUGAGGAAGGGUCACCUAGGUCAAGCACUGGAGAGAUACAACCUGGCAGUUCAUCUCGCACCGAAUAGCCCACUUCACCUUAGCAACAGGGCUCACGUCUUGCUCCUGUUGAAUAGACCUUUAGCUGCUCUCACGGACGCUGAUCAUGCAGUUAGAUUGCGGCCAGACUGGGGCAAGGGGCACUAUAGAAGAGGAAUAGCUUUGUCAGCGCUUGGAAGACACGAAGAAGCGCUCUAUGCUCUCUGCAUUAGCGUGGCCAUUGAUAAAAAUCCACAAGCUGUACGCCAUGAAUUAAUCAAAAUUCUGCAUAGAGUGCUGUCGCCUAAAGUCCAUCGGCAAAAUUUUCUGUCAUCACGUACGCCGUACAGUUUAACAAAGAGUGCGUUACGCACGAGAAAUCGUCAUCAACUAAUGAAUUCCAAUCACAGUCGACGCGCUACUCUGAACAGGUCCGAUAGCGAGGACAACAGCAGCGGCGAAGAAGAAUUUAUACAGACAAUAAAUAGAAGAAUUAGAUCCUCCAUCGUACCGCAAGUCAACACAAAGCUACAAGCAAGUUUAGAUCGUGUGUAUCAGGAUAUAGAAAAAUUAAAAAGAAUCGAAUCGAGACCCGCCGAAAUUCUCUUGCCAACUCUUUCCGGCGGCACUGUUGGAGAAUUGGAUUGCAUCUUAUGUUGCCGCCUGCUUUGGAAACCCGUCACGACACCUUGUGGUCACACCUAUUGCUGGAUGUGUCUGGACCGUUGCCUGGAUUACUCUUCGGCUUGUCCUUUGUGUGUUACAUCUUUAGCUGACUAUCUAGCCAGUAGCCAAAAAACUGUAACGGAUUUCGUAGAGAAAGCGCUUAAAACAGUGGCGCCUACGGAAUAUACUUCCAGAGCUGUGAGUCAUCAGCUCGAACUGGUCCAAGGACUGGGACUUUUGAAUAGCGAACAGAUUGCCGUUUUCAUUUGCACGACAGCAUUUCCCUGCAUUGCCUGUCCCUUGUUUGUCUACGAGCCUAGAUAUAGGCUGAUGGUCAGAAGAUGUGUGGACAGCGGAAUGCGCCAGUUUGGAAUUGCUGCGUGUCUCAACAAAGAAGCAACAGGCACAAAGAGAUAUGCGGAAUAUGGAACUAUUUUAGACAUUCGAGAUCGAGUAUUGCUCAAAGAUGGUUGCAGUAUUCUCAGCACGGUCGGUGGUAGAAGAUUUAGAGUUCUUUCUGGUGGAGAAAAGGAUGGUUACGAUACAGCACAAGUGGAAUUUAUUAGGGAUACCGUCGUACAACAAGAUCAAUUAUUAAACCUUCUGGAGCUUCAUAAUAAGGUACGAGCAAAAGGCCGAAGAUGGUGGGACACAGUGUCGAUCUCUCAGAAGUCCGAGAUUCAACGAGUGUUCGGACGCAUGCCUGACGUGGAAGAGGAUUGGCCACGUUUACCGGACGGUCCAUCAUGGACAUGGUGGUUACUUGCAAUUUUGCCAUUAGGACCGCAACUGCAGGUGGGUAUUUUGGGCACUACUAGUUUGGAAAAACGGCUACGAGCCAUUGAGAAAACUCUUGAUCACAUGGAGCAAAGACAACUGACAAUCGCGGCUGCCCCUUCCGAGCAAACGACGACAUCAUCAAGCAUCUGUAGAGACGGAAGAGCAAUUACAGAGACAGCAAUGUCGGUCAUUCAGCAAUCAUAGAAAGCAACGAAGUAUCGCGAUACUUUAGAAGCACCAAUGCUAUUCUGUGGCCUGGAAAUAGGAUCGCGAAUCCUGUAUCUCGCAUUCUGCGAAGAAGUUUCAAGUAGUAAGAAACAGCAAUCUUAAGUGAAAAAAAAUUCAAAAGCUAUAAAAUUUAUUAAAUAAUUCUCUAAUUUGGCGAGCAAAGUUGGAUAUAUCAUUCGAUAGAAUCAAUCAAGACAUAGAGAUGUGCAAAUCAAGAUUUUUACAUUAAAUCGAAUUUUAUUUCUUUAUUUGGACUCAAAUCGAUCCAAAUUGACAAAAUUUCUCCUGAAUCAAAUGGAAUUGUUAA